AUGUCCUUGAUUCGACCACUGCGUAAGGACCCGGGAAGAACCACGGGGAAUCGAGCCAUGUCCUUGAUUCUGUUCUUGAUUAUAAUUGAUGGUCGUGAUCCAUGCGGGCGUGACGGCGCUUUCGCAAGGGCGUCCUUCUCCUCCAUGGGCGAGAUUGAGGAAAUACACCUGACGGGAAACAACCUCGGUGCCUUGGAGAAUGGCACUCUGGACGGCACUCGGUCGCUCUCUCACCUCCAGUUGAGCAGCAAUAACAUCACCAGUAUACCGGACGGAUUCUUCCACCAGAAUGUCCGACUCACGAGGCUAGAACUCAACGACAACAGCCUGACGGAGAUUCGCCCAGCCAUGUUUCACGGUCUGGUCAGCUUGUUAAAUUUAUACAUAGAACGCAAUAGGAUGGAGCACCUCCCCCGGGGCGUGUUCUCUGCGAUGCCCAGGUUGCAGUUCCUGUACUUGGGAGCCAACCGCCUUCGCACCCUCGACCCGGGAGCCUUCGUUGGCCUUUUCUACCUUCAUCUGCUGUCCCUAGAGAGGAACCAGCUUCGGAGCCUCGACAACGGGACCUUCGAAGGCCUGGAAUCCGUGAAGACGCUGAUCCUUCAGGACAACGGCUUGGAGGCCUUUGAGCCGGGCACCUUCGGCGACCUCGUCUCGGUUGAGUCGCUAUGCCUCAAAGGGAAUGGCCUGAGUGAGUUACCUGAAGGCGACGUGUUUGGGGAAAUGACAAAACUCCAGUAUAUUUACUUCGACGAAUUCCGGCAGUGUUCUCUGGCUCUCCACGUGCGCCAGUGUGAACCGAAGGGGGAUGGGAUAUCGUCCGUUGAACAUCUCUUAGACAGCAUCGUGCUCAGGAUAUGCGUGUGGGUGAUGGGUCUCCUCGCGUGCGCCGGGAACAUCCUGGUGCUCGUGGGGCGCUACGUGGUCAAGGAGCCGAACCGCGUGCACUCCUUCUACAUCAAGAACCUGUCUCUCUCGGACCUCCUGAUGGGCGUCUACCUCUUCAUCAUCGCCUUCUACGACGCCUCCUUCAGGGGAACCUACAUCCGGCACGAGACAUCCUGGCGCCGGUCCUGGCAGUGCAGCUUCUGUGGUGAGGCCAUUGAAAUAGAUGGAAUGAACGAGCAAAUAAUACUUCCUCAGCACCCUCAGUUCGAGGCGUCCGUCCUCACCCUCACCACCAUCACCCUCGACCGCUACUGCUCCAUCGUGCACCCUCUCACCCUCAAGGAGAGGACCUUCCGAGCCGCCGCCGGGGUCAUGGCCACCAUCUGGACCCUCGCCGCCCUCCUUGCCCUCCUGCCGGUCGUCGGCCUCGCCUACUACGGGGACAACUUCUACGGGAGCAACGGGAUGUGUCUGCCGCUGCACAUUCAUGACGUAUGCGAAGCGGCCGCUUGCGAGUACUGCCUGCGACUACCGCUUGCGACUUCCGCUUGCGACUACCAUUUGCGUCUACCAUUUGCGUCUACCAUUUGCAACUACCACUUGCGGCAUUUGCAACUACCAUUUGCGACUACCACUUGCGCUUACCACUUGCGACUACUACUUGCGCCUACUAUUUGCCCACUUGCUGCGCUACCACUUGAGACUACCACUUGCGCCUACCACUUGCGAUUGCCAUUGAGUAAAGGAAAACAUACCCGUUUACAGCUGAGAGGCUCCUGUGCCCAAGAAAUUAUCAAAGAGACCGCUCGGGGCUUCAGAGCAUCAGCUGAAAGCGAACCAACAACACCCACGAAAAGUAACUCAACGAAAACAAAAACCAGCUCCUUUGUGGAACCAACAACAGAACCAAAACAAAGGGCGGUGCAGGUCCUCGGUUUUCAGAAAGUGUGA